ACGCAUACCGCGGCCAAUCGGCAUCGAAGCAUCGCCAGGUUACCAGUAGUAAGUAACAAACGGUGGUUAGCGAAGGUUGGUUCGCUGUUUGCAGCUCAGAACUUCAGAACGCUCCCCCGGGGAGUUGAUCGUAUAUUGUCCUGUUUGGCGCGGAUUCGAUUCUGUGUGCAACAUAAAGUACGCAGCAACAACAUACUUUUGGAGUAUUGCACGGAACUCUGUUGUUGUUGUUGUUGUUGUUGUUUUUGUUAUGCGGAUCGCGUACAGUUUGGUUUGUUUUGAGUGAAGAAAAAACGCCCGCCACAGCCAAUAAAUUUUGGCGAAUUUUGGCAUGUGGGAAAGUUGCGCGUGAAACACGAUUGUGGCCUAUGGAGACAAGAGUCGAGAAUACGUGAAGCCACCUUUCAAGGUUCGAUGUACCUUGGGCAUUGCACAGUGGAAGUAGCAAUUGCGCAGAUGCAUCGCACGCAUUGAUCAACAAUGUUGAUAUUGUGAUUGAGACAGAGAAGUAAAUGUGUGAAGUGUGCUGAUGCGGGGGUGAGCCGUCUGUUAUUAUAGUGAUUUUUUUGUUCAGUGGUGAAAUCAUAGAAGAGCAAUUACGGCACAAGUGGAGUGGAAAUCAGAUGCGCACUACUCAUCAGUGCAGCUCAAUUUGCUAGUGAGGAAAAGUGUUUCAAUCUUCGGAAUCCCGAGAGGAAAAACUUUUUAGUUUGGCCAUCUUUCGUGUCAUUCGAGGAACAAACAAUUCGGCAAUGAACGCCUUAAUGAUCAUAGCAGUAACCACACUGAUGGUGCUUACGGGGGGUGUGAUUUCCGUAUCCCCGGAACAUCACCACCACCAUCACAACCACCACAACAAGGGCGGAAAUAAUUUUCCCAUACGACGCUAUGCGGCGACCAAGGGUGGCGGUGGUGGCGGACGACCACCCCCGUCUCUGAGAGGGGGACCACCCGGAUCACCGCCACGGAUUAUGUCCAGGUCGGAUAAUGGACACCCACCGCUCAACAAUCAAACCCAGGAUCGAUAUCGUCGUCUGGUUCCGUACAUGACAUUCUACAUUCCAUCAACUAAUAGCGACUUCAGCCUGCCAAUCAAUCAGGCGUAUAAUUAUAUGCCUAUCCGUCCUCAGCGACCACAGGAGCAACCACAACAACACUAUCAUCAGCACCCCCACCAUCAAACCAGCCACAAGCAAGCGGGAAUGGUUCUCAAGCAGCGCCCACGUCACCCGGCACACAGUGGAAGUGGCACUGAGAGUCAAUCUUCACGCGCUUAUCAAUCAUAUAAACCACAGAAUCAUCAAAUGCAACACGUGCAUCAUCAAGGACCUUCGCUCAAUGCGGUGUUGAUAAGUAAUGCUCCCGUGAAAUACGAAUACUCUCAGCAUCAUCAGUUGGUUCCUUCAACGCAAUCCAUUUACCCAACAAAUGCACCCUCGGCAAACUCUGAAGAACACGAACAGCAUCAUGUUGGUCUUAUGUAUAAACCGAGGCAUCACUCCUCACAACAGCAGAUUCAGUCACGUUCUCCAAAGCUGUAUGCAGAUGAUAACCACUCGCCAUCCCCAUUGCCGAACUAUCAUUCGAUACAGCCUAACGAUAUCGGUAGCAGUAACGGAGAUGGGUCUUCAGUCGGAGGUCUAGUCAUGUCUACGCCAGCUCCGAUCCUAGUGUCCACUAGAAAUCCGAUAAAGUACCAACCAGUGAAUGUUCAUAAAAAACAACAUAUAAAUCCGUUCCUGCCGACCAACAAGCUACCAGGGCCUUUUACACCACUAGCCUUCAACGGUGGCUCAUCGCAGACAGGCAGCGAUCACUACUUCAUCGGUACUGCGAACAAUGAGGAGUCGGAGCCCAAACCAUCGCCUUCGCCAAUAUACCUACGACCCAAGUCGCAGACUACAUACGUGCUGGUUAAACCUUCUCCUGAGCCAAAUCAGCUUCACUACCAUGAAAAACCAGCUCGGCUACCGGCCAUCCAGAACCAGCACGCAGUGUAUAAAGACAAACACGUUUACUCGGAUGAACCAGAACUAUUUCAUCCUCCCCAAAAGCAUAUUCCCCUUUCGGAACCCGAUUCGCUAGAUGGACCCGAGUACUACAAAACGGAACCCAAGCAUAUCAGUAGGCCAAACUUUCAGGAAGAACCAGAAGCCUACCACAAACCAUCUCCAAGACCUUUUUACAAACCUAUCUAUAAUGAAGAACUAGAGGUGUAUAAGUCGAACCCCAUCGCGGAUACUGUUAAGUAUUCAACUCCGAAAUCCAUUCCUAUUGAAUACUCAACACCACGACCCCAUCCGAUUCCAUACCUGAAUGGGGUGGGUUAUAGUCAACCUUCUACAAAUUAUCCACCGUCUGCGCAAUCAGUAUCCACGACAUCACGACCACGACCCCGGCACAAACCACACCAUCACCACAAACACAGUCGGGGUUCAACGAAGGCUCCACCUGUUCGGCAGCAUCUAACGGAAAACAUCGACACAUCCAACCACCAGUUAUAUAGCCCCAAUUACUUGAACCAUUUCGCGGCCGACUACAAAAGCCACGUUAAACACACGUACCACGCCCCACAACCAAUCAAGGCUGCCAAACUUAUCACACCAAUCCUUGACCACGAUGAGGAAGUGCUUCAGUACCAGAAAUCACCUCGACCGGUAGUCUAUGAGCCCCAACAUAUACCACUUCCGGUUGCCACCCCAACACAAAUCGUAGACACUGCUACCACCUCUGGAUCUACCUCCCUAGCGGAUCUCCUCAAAAAGCUCCAAGACAGUAACCACCUUCCGAAGACGCUAACCCCAGAUAACAUUGACAACUCGAUUCGGACGCUGGUGAAAAUUCUCAACAAUUUGAAAUCAUCCCAACAAGUACACCAACAACCCUCGCAGGCCCAUUUGGAGCAGGACUACGACUAUCAACAGCAGCUACCUGGUGUUCCGGUUCCGGAGCAAACGCCGGACCUAGUGCUUAGUAAACCUACUUCUUCCGUCGAAGACGAUGAAAAUGAAACGAGCCAAUAUGAGCCGCCACUACCUCACAGCUCAGACCUGGGAACGGUCGCACCAGGGCCCACGUCCGGUAAGGCCGGGGUGGAUUAUCCCAACUUGGCAACGAUUCCCGAGACCAGUUUUAGCUGCAAACAGCAACGAUACAAGGGUUUCUUCGGGGAUCCGGAGACGAACUGCCAGGUUUGGCACUAUUGCGAUUUGAAUGGGGGUAAAGCGUCCUUUUUGUGUCCCAAUGGAACCAUUUUCAGUCAGGUCGCCCUGACUUGCGAUUGGUGGUUCAACGUGAAAUGUUCGAGCACCGCACAGCUCUACGUUCUGAACGAGCGACUGUAUAAAUACAUUCUUCCGUUCAACCCGAAGUUCCCCGAGGAUUACAAUGGGCCACUAGUUGAUAAAUACCUCGCCAUCAAAUUCCAGGAGAUGGAAGAGAAGAUGAAGAAGCAGAAAGCCAAGGGUAAGCCCAUGGUUAAAUCGAGUACGGAGAACGAAAACGAUGAGCUGAACGGGAACAAGCUGGAAGACAACGACGAACGAUACAACCAGAAUCAACCCUACCCGAUACAGUACGUGACGGAGGCCUCGAUAGGAGCUACCGCUAGUACCACUGGGCUACCGAUCGUGACCGCCUCAACCCCGAUAACCCUGGAGGAUAUCAACGCGGAUCUUGAGAGGGGUCGCGUUGCAGAUGGAGUCGUGACCACAACCAAUCAAAGUCCCCCCAGCAGUUCGCCAAUCGUGGUGACGGGUCCAAGUGCCCCAGACUCUUCGUCAACGGAAGACGAAAACGGGAAAGAGCCGGUAACUGCGUUGAGUCCCAUGGUGGCCGCGGAAGUUCUUGUGCCUCACUAUCCUACACCAAGUGGUAUGCCACUGGAUACGACUUCACGAUACGCACCGAACUUGCGAAGCGGACAGGUGGUUAUCGAAAUUAAAAACGAUGGCACCAGCGGUCACAUCACGCCAAAUCAUUAUUAUAGAGAGGGAAAACGCAAGUAGACACCGGACAGUGGUCUGGAGUUUUUUUUUUGUUUUUGUUUUCUUCUUCUGUGAAUAGUGCCUACUUCUCUUAAUGAUUAAUUUCUGUAAAAAUUCUCCCGGUUCGAGAAUUUUCAUCUUUCGUCCAGAGAUUUUUGCUUCAUUGUAUGUAUUGUAUUACUUUAUUGCUAGAAUUGUAUGAAUGGGAUGACGCUUGUUUUGUUUGUGAUUCGUGCAUUUGGAAGAGAGAAUUUAGAAGAUAUAGCAGUGUAAUUUAGGAACUACAAUAAUUUAUAUCUUUUGUCGCUUUUCUUCAGUUUAGGAGAAACGGGUUUCUCCCCCGCGUCAUGUUAUUAUAAUCAUCGUUAUCACCUCGACUGAUAUGGUUUUGUAAGAGGACCAUACACACACACGAGAACCUGAGACAUUCUCUCUGUUUUGUGCCACUUGUUACACUCCACUCCCACGCAAAUGUCAAAGGAGUAGCAUGAAUAUCGAACUAGUUACCCAGUGUUUUCCAAAAUACGUUUAAGUCGCGUAAGGAGAAAACAGAUUUCAUACACAUCAUAAGUGAAGAAUUAGUUCUGCUCCCCACAGAGAGAAAAUGUGAAAAUGAAAAUAGUCAACGUUGGAAUGAUAUGUAAAACAAAAUGAAGUGAUUGGCUGACCCAAAACAACAAAACUAUACGAGGUGUCACUCGUAUAUGAGAGCCAUAUUAUUUUCGAGCAGAGUUACGAGCGUUACAAAUACGAUUAUGACUGUAGGUGUAG